CAAACAAACUCAAACUGAACUGAUUUUUAUGUAUAGAAAAUUGCUAAUUGAUGGACGCUAACGGGAUGGAAAGCAUCCCAGUCACAGGUACUUCGACUCAAGAUCCAGACAGCUCCGAUGGCAGAUAUUUCAAAGUUAAUGAAAAAUCACACAAAGGAGAGUUACAAAGACAGUCACCAGUUUCUGAUGGAGAAGCAGUUAUAAAAGUUCUUGGUGAUGCAAAUAAUCAGAAAUUUAAAGAUUUUCGCUCAGAGAGUGUUGAUAUACAAGAAAAUUUGGCCAAUGAAGAAGAAAGAUCACGAUUAAUAGAACAAGUCCUGGCUCUGCAAAGUACCCUUGAUGACUUGUCUCAAAGAGUUGAUGCUGUAAAGGAUGAAAAUCUCAAAUUAAAAUCAGAGAAUCAGGUCUUGGGACAAUAUAUUGAGAAUUUGAUGGCUGCUUCCAAUGUUUUUCAAACAACUGGUGAUACUAAAGGAAGAAAAGGAUCAACAAGACAAUCAAAAAAGAGAUAAGCCUUCUUGGCCCUGCGCCUUUAAGGUGAACUGUGAUAUAUGCUUUAGCAUUUCAGUUAAAUGAGUGCGCAGUUGUAUUAUUUCUCAAAUAUGUAUGGCUUUAAGUUAAAGCUUGGAGAGCUUAAUUAAUUUGUAAAUAUGUAGUUGAA